GACGUUGGCGUGCAAGGUGCUAUACAAUCUGUCUAAAACAGGUGAAUUUCUUCCUGAAAAUUAGUGGGACUGGAACCAAUAGUUUCUGCGAAAGGUUGUUGAUGUUUUGCACAGGACACAAUGCUGGUUUUGGACUUAAGGUCAGAGCAAAUGCGGCUUCUGAUUGUAAUCAGUUUCAUCCUCAACUUUUCGGAUGCAAUUGAUUCUGGUUGUGGCGGACCGAGGAAACUGACAGAAUUGACUGGCACCCUGUCCUCGAUGAACUACGGCCACGCCUCCAACCCCUUCUAUGACAAUAAUGCUCUCUGCUCGUGGUAUAUUCAGGCUCCUACUGACUGGAUCAUCACACUGACGUUUGAGUACAUGGACAUCGAGCCAAGUUUCCGUUGUACGGCCGAUUACAUCGUCAUCCACGGCCCGUGGGCAGACUACGUAGGGGGUCCCCCUCCCGCCCCUAUCUGUGGGACCAGCCCCCCUCCCCCGAUCCAGGCAGAGAAAGACGAGUUGUACGUGGUCUUCGUCUCGAAUGAGAACUUUGCUUACACAGGGUUCAUGGCCACAUACGAAAUCAAGCCUCCACCGUCCCCUACCCCGCCCGAGAUAGCCAACUCUGGAUGUGACAACCUCAGAUAUCGCGAGGGGCCAUCGGGAACGAUAACCAGCAUUGGUUUUGACGAGAACUCGCCGUACACGAGUGACGCAGAAUGCGAGUGGAUCAUUACUGCAGCGGUUGGAAAGGUCAUCACUCUGACUUUUACCUCGUUCGAUGUGGAAGGGGAUGAGCUCAGCUGCAGAUACGACGCUCUGCUCGUGUACGACGGCCCGAAUGAUACCUCUCCGUUGCUUGGCAACUACUGCGGUAACCAGGGUCCGUCACCCGUGACGUCAUCCCAGCACGAGAUGUACCUGAAGUUCAGGAGCGAUGGUUCCAUCGAAAAGUCUGGCUUUUUGUUGAGUUACUCUGAAGUACAGCCUCCAUUUACCUGUUCUGUUGGCGCAUUCCAAUGUGAGAGUAGUGAUAUCUGUCUGGAUCGUAGUGUGUUGUGUGACGGGCGGAAGGAUUGUCCUGAUGAGAGUGAUGAGGCUGGAUGUCCAGUGAACGACCCAUCGUGUGGGGUACCGGUCGUAGACCCUGACUUCGCUUCUAUCAACAUAGUGGGAGGGGGACCAGCAAUUCCUGGCGCCUGGCCAUGGCAGGUACAAGUGCGUAAGUUGUCAUACGGCCAGGUGUGUGGAGCUACACUCAUUAACGCUAUGUGGGCCAUCAGUGCAGCGCACUGCUUUGAACCGGAGCCCCUUACAACCUCAUACCGUCUCGUCCUGGGUCGUUACACCAAGAACAUUCCAGAACCCGGGGAGGAGCAAUCCAUUGACAUCAGGCAGAUCGUCCUCCACGAGAACUACGAGCAAUACACCUUCGAUUACGACAUCGCCCUCUUGCGACUAGCCAGACCAGCUGUAAGGACAGACUGGGUGGUACCUGGAUGCCUACCGGGGAAAUCACAACGAUUUACGGACGGGGAGAUGUGUCAAGUCACGGGAUGGGGCCAGACUGAAAACACUGGUUAUGAUGACAUUUUGAAGCAAGCUGGAGUUCCUGUUUUCAAUAGCAGAGUAUGCAGCGAUCUGUACAAUGGUGGCAUCACGUCACGAAUGAUGUGCGCCGGGUACCUGCAAGGCCGCGAAGAUUCAUGCCAGGGAGACAGCGGAGGACCACUGAAUUGCCCAGGGGGUGACGACCGAUGGUAUCUAGCGGGCAUCACCAGCUGGGGUGAUGGGUGCGCUGACGCCAACGCGCCCGGGGUCUACACGCGCGUCACGGCGUUCGUCGACUGGGUGCAAGAGAACAUCCUUAAACACCUGUAGUUUGAGUUAAAUGCGAUGUCAUGGAAAUA